AGCGCCUGCUCUUCGCCCCACCCAAGCACAGGGCCUGAGAACAGCCUCCUCCCUCCUCCCAAAAGCUGACAGCCGAGGGCACGUUGCAGACUGAAAAAGGAAGCUGCUAAACUCUUUAACGCUGUUUUCAUCAGUUUUUGCUUUGCCCAUCAGCCCGGCCUCAGCCACAUCCCCUCUUCUGCAGAACCCCAUGCGCGGCCGAGAACCCCCCCACAGCUGGAGCCUGAGCAAAAACCACACGAGGAGCUGAGAAGGCUCCAGAACUGGUUUCAACAGCUUCUGAAGCUUGGGAGAUGAGAGUGUCCGGCAGCGACGCUGACAGUAACCGGCUCUGUGGGAGGUGACUAAAACCAAAGAGAAGGAAAGGCGACAAAUGUGCAAAUGACAGGGGCAGAAACAGCUGUCCCAUUGGUAAUCUUCACUGUAGAAAUGCUUUUGGAGGGGUUAGUGGGAAACUGAAAUGACCGAGAUUUCUCUUGCUGCUUAGCCUGAAUCCUUCUUCGUCCCCUUUUGAAGUAUCCCUGGUAUCAGCAACCAGCUCCAGAGGCUGGGACGCCAGGCAGGAGGAAGGGACAGCAGUGACGGUGUUGUGCUCCUGGAGCAGCCCUUUGGACAUCAGCCGGCCCAAGGCCAUUUCACCCCCCAUCAGCACGUCCCUCGUUGCUGGGAGGUGGGCCAGCACGGCCUCUCACUGCAGUACGCGCCUCCUCUUGACCCUGGGACGAGAUGGCCGCCCUCAUCGCCGAGAACUUCCGCUUCCUCUCCUUGUUCUUCAAGAGCAAAGAUGUGAUGAUUUUCAAUGGCUUGGUGGCCCUGGGCACAGUGGGGAGCGAGGAGCUCUUCUCAGUCGUGGCCUUCAACUGCCCCUGCUCCCCUGCCCGCAACUACAUCUACGGGCUGGCCGCCAUUGGCGUCCCAGCCCUGGCCCUCUUUCUCAUCGGCGUCAUAUGGAACAACCACACCUGGAACCUGGUGGCCGAGUGCCACAAGCGCGGCAUCAAGAACUUCUCUGCCGCUGCCACCUUCCUCCUCUUUGGCUCCAUCAUGGGCCGGGCAGCCGUGGCGCCCGUCACCUGGUCGGUCAUCUCGCUGCUGCGUGGGGAAGCUUACAUCUGCGCCCUCAGCGAGUUUGUCAAGCCAUCCUCCUUGGACAAGUUCCCAGCCGAUUAUGGGGCUGAUGUGCUGGCCAGGUUCCCCUGUAAAGAUGUGCCAGCAAACCUCACCAAGUUCAGGGACGAGGUGACGCGGAGGCUGAGAUACGAGUCCCAGCUCUUUGGCUGGCUGCUCAUCGGCAUUGUUGCAGUCCUGGUUUUCCUCACCAAGUGCCUGAAGCACUGCUGCUCGCCGCUGAGCUACCGGCAGGAGGCUUACUGGUCCCAGUACCGCUCCAAUGAGGACAAGCUCUUCCGACGCACGGCCGAGGUCCACUCCAGGAUCCUGGCAGCCAAGAACGUGAAGCACUUCUUUGGCUUUGUGGCACUGGACAAAGAGGAGAAGGAGCUGGUGCAGGAGUUCCCAGUGGAGGGUGUCCAGCCCAGCCCCCAGUGGAAUGCCAUCACGGGCGUCUACAUCUACCGGGAGAACAAGGGCUUCCCCCUCUACAGUCGGCUCCACAAAUGGGCCAAAGGGGUGGAAGGGAAUGGGCCAAGCCCAGAAGGCCAUGAAAUGCUCUUUUUGGCUUCCUAAGACAGAUGGGUGCUGGCAGCCGUUCCCCAGACUGCCUGGCAAGCCUACCAGUAUCCGUGCACGGCUGAGGGCUUCACUGGGAAUACUCCUCCCAGCAGGAUUACUUCUCUCAGUGGGUAAACAGGGAUCAACAGCCUCAAGGUAGAGACUGAUAAGCAAUACACCGAGCUGGGGAACCCCUCCCAUGGAGACAACCGUCUCGUUGCUGCUCCCAGAGACCCAAGGGGAGCAAAGAGCAGAUGCACACCUUACCUCCAGGCUGCCAGUGCAUCCUGCCAUCUCACGCACCAGCAGAAGCCUUGGGGAGCAAGAGGUGGGCACAUUUCUAACCGUGACUCCUGCAGUCCCACAUGUCUCCCACACGGCAGGGUUAGCCCCAGCCAUCCCGCACCCCUGCUCGUUUUAAUGAUAUUGGUAUCUUCUUACGGAAUUGUGCGGUGCCUGUUAGGCAGGCAGGUCCCAGAGCACUUUACAGACUUCACAGCACAGGGAAAAGAGGGAAGCAGUGGGUGAAAUCCUGUGGCAAAGGGGCUGCGAUAGUAUCUGGGAAGGAACGGGUCAGUAAUAGAGCAGCACACCAAAUAACUGAGAGACUAAGGCAGGAGGAAUCACCAACAUUCCCGGUAUUCAGAAAGACACUAUAAUUGCCAUGUUGGAAUUCGGAUAGAACACCAAACUCCCUUUGUUCUUACUGAAGUGCCUGGCCAUCUCUAAUGACGCCAAAUGGUCGCAACCAUGAGUUUAUAAACCCAGAAGAUGGCACCAUCAGCAGAAUAGCUUUUGGGCAAGGCGGCUCGGUGGAGGCUGAGAGGAAGCAGUACCCGCAGUGAGGCACACCACUGUCUGCCAUUCAUUGCAUUUCUCAUCCAACCGUCGGAUGAGAG